AUGGAGGCCAGUAUGCAACUCUUAGCCCCGCGGCAGAUCAAUUUGAGGACAUCCAGACCGUCUCCGCACGGAGUCCAAGCCAGACGCCAACUGGCGGCGACAGACUUCCUCUGUUGCAGCUGGAUGACUGGAAUGAAAAUGGUCUCUACGAGGAGCAGCCGCAUGCUUGCAUGCACCAUCUGUCGAAUGGAAGUUGACAGCGGACAAGAAAUUAGUUGCCAGAGACAGCGAACUAGAUCUUGUUCUCGCCCCGAAUGCCUUUUGGACACGAACCCUUCGGUACAAGCUUGA